UACAUGCUUUCUCUUGCCUGUCGUUGGUUUUGGGGUCAUUGGCUUGGGAGCUCUUUUGGGUUUUCCUUCUGUGAUCACCUUGGGCCGGUGCUUUUUUCGCCUUGUUUUCUCCUGUGGCUUUUUAUUCGGGUCAAUACCAUGGCUGCCUCCCUUGUCAGGAUUGCGAUCCUCCUUAAAUGGAGUGGAAAUGGCAGCAACUGAUGAAUCUGUGACAGGCUUUAAGAGUUCUUUAUUGUGUUGGAACUCAUUGAUAAUUUGCAGCUCCAAAAUAAAAAAAACAAUGGCGAGGUUAUUAUCGAGUAUGAUGCUGAAGGGCAUUGCGGUCUCCCGUUCUAGUAGAACUGUAUGCGGAUCCGUUUACCACAAUGGGAUGAGAUAUUCAACUACUGUGCCCAGUGAUCCUGAUACACAUGAAGAUUUUAGACCCACUAAUAAGCUUGAAAGUUCUCCCCUUUCUUUGAAGGAUGUUGUUGAGCAGGAUGUCAAGGAGAAUCCUGUAAUGAUUUACAUGAAAGGGGUUCCCGAAUUUCCUCAGUGUGGAUUCAGCUCAUUGGCAAUUAGAGUCUUAAAACAAUAUAAUGUUCCUUUGAGUGCUAGAAAUAUUCUGGAAAAUCCUGAGCUGAAAAGUGCUGUAAAAUCCUUCAGCAAUUGGCCCACAUUUCCACAGAUAUUCAUCAAGGGAGAGUUCAUUGGAGGCUCAGAUAUUAUUCUCAACAUGCACCAGACUGGUGAACUGAAGGAAAAGGUGAAAGAUAUUGCUGCUAAUCAGGAAAAGUCUGAAUGACGUAGUGAAUCUAAAAAGGGUCAAGGGUGUCACUAGAAAUUUUGUGAUCUCGAUAUUGGAUCAUUGAUAAAAAAAAAGUGACGAGAUAUGGGAUUCUAUACUUUUAUAUGCUAGUUUACUGCAGGGUUCGUAUGAUAAGCUUGAAAUUUUAAACAAUAAAUGCGGCGUAUUACUCUGCCUUCAUCUGCCAUUGGAUUUGUUGUGUAGUGACCUAAUUUAAUUUUUUUUUUCUCUACUGAAUUUUGUGGCUGAACUUCAUGGUUUUGAAUUAUUGUGAAUCAAAUACAAGAGAAGCCACACUUCAUCUUC